UUGAUAUCGACUAUAAAAACGCGCUUGGGCGGUCUUUCCUGCUUAUGUGACGGCGUGCACGUCGAGGUUUGACCCCAGCUAGCUUAGUUCAUGACGUUAAAGUCAGUGCUAGCACAUUCUCGGAGUUUGGAGAGGAGUUCACAACAACGUCUGCCGUCUCCUGGUGGAUUUUAAGUACGUAGUGACCUACAAACAGCCGUAAGACGACGAUGCUUCUCCAAAAUCGAGCUGUCUUCUCACUUGGCCUUCGCAUGUGCUCCACCCAUGUGAUGAAAGGACCGCUGACUGACACAGCAAGACCCAGUUCAGACAUGUCUGAAUUCCGCAAGGCCUUUGCUCAAGCCAAGCACAUAGCAAUCAUCACAGGGGCUGGUGUGAGUGCAGAGAGUGGAGUGCCAACUUUCAGGGGCAAAAAUGAGAAGUGGAGGAAGUGGCAGUCUCAGGACCUGGCAACUCCAGAGGCCUUUUCUCGCUACCCAUCUCGGGUUUGGGAGUUCUACCAUUACAGAAGGGAGCUUGUGUUGAACAAGAAACCCAACGCUGCCCAUCUGGCUAUAGCAGAGUGUGAGGCCCGGCUGAAGAAGCAGGGACGCUCUGUGGUUGUUAUCACCCAGUGCAUAGACGACCUGCAUCAACAGGCUGGGUCCAAGCACGUGCUCAAGAUUCAUGGCAAUCUGAUGGAGACACGCUGUCUGAGUUGUGGGGAAGUGACUGUUAACAGGCGAAGCCCCAUAUGCGCUGCCUUAAAGGGCAAAGGUGCACCUGGCCCACAUGUUGCUGAUGCCGAAAUUCCUGUGGACAAGCUGCCAAGGUGUGAUGAAAGCGACUGCGACGGUCUGUUGAGGCCCAAUGUGGUGUUUUUCGGGGAGACUCUGGACUCUCACAUCCUGACCAACGUGGAAAAAGAAAUGGAAAUGUGUGAUCUCUGCCUGGUGGUGGGCACGUCUUCCAUUGUUUACCCAGCAGCCAUGUUUGGGCCCCGGGUUGCUUCCAGAGGCGUUCCGGUGGCAGAGUUUAAUAGGAGUACAACACCAAAAACAGAAUAUUUCACGUACCAUUUCCAGGGUCCAUGUGGAACAACGCUGCCUGCAGCUUUGGCACAACAUGAGUCAGAAGCUUUCUAAGAGCAACCAGACUGUUUUUUAAAAAAACAAAACAUCAAUCAAUAGCUUCUUCCACAGUCUAAUGCUGUCCAAAGUUGUGGGAUUUCCCAAAUCUUUGUCUUCUAAUGUUAAAUCGUUAAUGCUUGGUAGAGGGCUAGACCUGUAAAUAAUUUAGCUUUGCAAAAUUUCCGAGAUGGAUCUGUUAAUACUUGAAAACGUAGGUAACUAACUGGAAUCAGAGCGGAGUAGGAUUUUGUGUGUUUUACAAACUCGCUGCCGAGAAUUAAGCAGGAACUAUGCAGCUUGAGAAAAGGAAGGGAAAGCACUAUGUAUGUAGUUCUUUGCAUAGGAAAAUAUCUCCCUAGAUAUGACAGGGUGUUGAUUCAUAGUGCAUGCUGGUAGCAGGUUGUUAUAUUUUACUGUGCUCUAAAAUGAUGCUGUAGAACAGAACGACGUAUUACUUCUGGUGUCAAUGGAAAACAUUUCUCUUUUCUUUUUCCACCAAAUGAGCAGAUGUACAGACAGUAACAUAAUCUUGUGCCUUUCCAAACUGUUUACACAACUUUGACUAAAUGCUUGCUUUAAACCUCAAGUACAAAUCGACCGAUGUUACAGAGAUUGGGUCGAGUGUGCGGAGGUUGCUGUUGACCAACGACGGAGAUGGUAGAGACGGAAAACGGAAAAUUCAACUUAGGAUGAAUCGGCAUCAGUUACUUCUCAUGCCGUUUGACUGUGUUUAUUGACAUUGUUCUAGAGACGUGUCAUUCGUGAUACAUUUGGUACAUUUUUAUACUUUUCAGUGUCCGUUCAAUCCAAGAAAAAAAGGGUAUGUGUUCAACCUCAACAUGGAGCUUGUCUAAAAUUUAAACCAAUUGCUUAUAAUCAUGACGUAUUUUUUUUUCUACUACCUUCUCUGUCCACAAAUAUUCCGCACAAUUUUGUAUAAUGUAUUCCAUUACGACUUCAAUGCAUUUAUACAGAACAUAAUCAUUAAAACACUAAAAUGGUA